AAUUCUCAUUCACUGUUCGGUCGUACUACUACGUUGAGGUGGCAAGAGAGUCGGUAGUUAUUUCUUGCUACGAAGAGUCUGUUUUGGCGUGCGGCAAUGUCUUACAGGCAUGUCAAUGGAGGCGAUGAGGACUUUGAAGACAAUUCAAACGAUAGCCCUCACGGUCUUCUGGCCUCUCGCUCGAGGAUUACUGCAAUACACCCAGACCUGGCCAUUAGACCUUCUGUAUACUACGAAGAAGGCUCCUUCGACGCGCCUUCCUCUGACGAAAGCGAGGGUCUCAUUGAGAAGCAGGGUCGUGCUCUUUCGGACGACACGAAUGUCUUCGGUGACACGGAGCCGGGAAACGGCUUGCUGGUAGGAGGGAACAAAAGGCCCGCUAGUCUAAAGUACCUUAUCAUCUCUCUAGCAUCGCUGGUUUUUCUUUCUGCCUCAAUUGGACUGUUUGCUGCGACAUCUCUCUACAAUGGACAAACCUAUCGACUACCAGGUGCCAGGAAAUUUUCCUUGGACCAUAUAUUUAACGGAACAUUCAGUGCUUCGGGGGAGAAUGUGAACUGGGUUCCAGAAGCCGGCGAUGGAGUUUUCUCUAUCUUCCAGAAUGGCCAGAUUCAGCUUGUUGACCUGAAAAAUAAUAGAACGACUAACCUUGUUUCCAUGAUGGAUAUUAAGGACGAUGAGGGGAACAUUAUUUACUGGACAGAUUGGAAGCUUUCGCCGGAUAUGACGUAUAUUCUGGUGAAGGCCGACCAUCUUAAGCAAUGGCGUUAUUCGAGCUUUGGCAAUUACUACGUGCAUAAUCUGAACACUAAAGUGACAUACCCAUUGGUGCCGCCUACUCAUCCCCCAGUCACUGCUUAUGCCACCUGGUCCCCGACUGGGCAAUCCAUCGCGUUCGUUGCUGCCAACGAUAUAUACGUGCUCCCAUCUCCGUCUGCUUCUACGUCUCCCAUUCGUGUCACUAGCUCGGGGAAUACAUCUUUAUUUAAUGGCGUGCCUGAUUGGAUAUACGAAGAAGAGGUUUUGUCGAAAGACUACGCGCUGUGGUGGUCUCCCGACUCGAGCAAGAUUGCUUUUCUACGUCUCGAUGAAACCGAAGUUGACGAAUUUCGGUUCCCGAUCUACAACCCCACAGAUGAUUCUUAUACUGUCGUUCCAUAUACCCAAGAUGUCGUCAUCAAAUACCCCAAACCAGGCUACAGCAACCCUCUUGCUUCCGUGCAUGUUUUCGAUGUCGCACAGUACGAACGAUCUGAAACAUCUUCGGACUCAACCGGCGAAAUCUAUACUUCCGAGCUCAGUUGGGAGGGUCGCUUCCCUGUAGUUAACAGUAUUAUCAUGGAUGUCACCUGGGUGGGUCAAUCGACGCUCAUUGUUAAGGAGGUUACUCGCGCUGCAGACAAUGGUAGCGUCGUGUACUUCGACUUGACAAACAUGGGAAUUGCGGACAUCGUGUACGGAACGGUAGUCCGAAGGCUUGGUAGUGAUGGUGAGGAAGGUGAUGAGGGCUGGAUUCAAAGCGCCCAAAAUGUUUUCCCUCUUCCGGACAGCCUGCGUUCAGGGGAUUCAUCUGCCUAUCUUGAUAUUGUACCAAACGACGGCUACAACCAUAUUGCUCUUUUCGAUCCUGCCGAGAGUAAUACUCCACGUUUCCUCACUUCCGGCCCAUGGGAAGUUACAGGGGGCAUUAAAGCAGUAGAUACGCAAAGAGGAUUGAUAUAUUUCCAAGCCGCACGAUCAUCAAUUCAACGUCACAUCUAUUCAAUCCCCAUUUCACCAUUAGUUUCAGAAUACGUGGAGCCAAUCUCGCUUACAGAUGAAUCAACACCCUCUUCAUACAGUGCUAGCUUUUCACCUGAAGCCGGAUUUUAUCUUCUUAAUUAUAAGGGACCAGCUGUACCAUGGCAGCGAAUUGUCGAUGUUAGCAAUAGUGAUUUCGAUUAUUUUCUGACGGACAACUCUGCAUUAAAUGCCACGCUAACUGAAUUUGAAACUGCCGCCGUCACAUAUUCGACGAUAGACAGUGAUGGCUUUGAGCUAAACGUAAAGGAAAUGCGCCCUCCUCACAUGGAUGACUCAGGGCGGACGAAGUACCCAGUCUUAUUCCUCGUGUACGGUGGGCCAGAGAGUCAGAAGGUCGAUGUCGAGUACAAAAGAGACUGGCAUGACUAUCUCGUUUGCACACUUCAGUAUGUCGUCGUCGUCGUGGACGGUCGGGGGACUGGAUUCAAGGGGCGGCACCUGCGCAACCCAGUAAGGAAUAAUCUUGGCUUCUGGGAGACCCAGGACCAAAUCAAUGCUGCACGCAUCUGGGCUGGGAAAGACUAUGUUGACCCGAAACGUAUCGGAAUUUGGGGAUGGUCUUAUGGCGGGUUCAUGGCUUCCAAGGUUGCUGAAGCAAAUGCCGGUAUUCACACUUUGGCCAUGGCCGUUGCUCCUGUGACCAGUUGGAGGCUAUAUGAUUCUAUUUAUACCGAACGGUACAUGGGCUUGCCUGACAAUAAUCCUGGAGGAUAUAUCAACGCCUCCGUUUCACAUGUAGAGGGCUUCAAGAGCAUAGACUAUCUGCUCGCCCAUGGCAGCGGAGAUGACAAUGUCCACUAUGCAAACACAGCUCACUUGUUGGAUAUGUUCACAGAAGCCCAAGUCAGAAACUUCCGUUUCAGGAUGUUCACAGACAGCGAUCACUCGAUUACUCGCAGAGGUGCGUUUAGAGAAAUUUACGAGUAUAUGGCUCUGUUCCUUGUUGAAAAGUGGGGGAAAGGUGGCCGGCGACGGGGUUGGUAAUUGGAUAGUCAACGUAUGUGCAAUGUGAAUAGAUCUUCGGUUUUCGUAAAUUUUCAC